AUGCCGAUACGAAAAACGGGCGGCGCGACGACGAUCCUGCUGUUUCCAGGCUUGCUUCCCGUCUGGAGCCGUGCGGCAAGUCACGGUGCGGUGCCCGCAACUUGCAAGCAGGCGCUGGUAUAUUCGGGCCUUGGCGUGUGA